CUCGGCGCGCAGGCGAUCCGCGAAUGGAACGACGACGGCGGCAAAUCAUGGGGCGAAUUGAGCUGCGCGGACAUGGCCUCUGCAGCAGCGGGCGCCCGCAUCCGCAGCAGCGGAGGCUGCUUCCGCAGCGGCGCGGGCGCCGAGCAGAGCAAGGCGCGCGGGCGCUCGCACUUUCUCGGCGCCCCAGCGCCGCGCGAGGUGGUAAAGCGG